UCAACAAUUCCUUUUUAUUUCCAACGGUCAAAUUAACCAACCUUCACAGAACUCUCCAUGGCGCAACCCACCUUGAACAUGAACAUCACCAUGGCCAUUAGCAUGUUCUCUGGGCCUAGGCAAUCCAAUGCCCCUUUCUCAUCUUCAUUUCUAAUCCCUUCUAAUUCUUCAAGUCUUCUCUUACAUACAACUCUGCUGCGUCUUAAUAAGACGAAUCCCAAUAAAUGGAGGCAUUCCAUGUUUAUCAGUACAAAACCUGCCUUGAAAGAUGGUAUUCUUACUGUUAAUGGAAAGCCUGCAAUUGCUGGAGUUCCUGACAAUGUUUUUCUCACCCCAUUGACUGAAUCUUCUGCGUACCUGGGGGCUUCUUCUACAGAGAGCAGUUCUCGACAUGUGUUCAAGCUUGGAGUUGUUCGCGAUGCCAGGUUAUUAUCUCUGUUUAGAUUCAAACUUUGGUGGAUGAUUCCACGGGUGGGGGAUUCAGGAAGUGACAUUCCAAUUGAAACUCAGAUGUUGCUCAUGGAAGUGAAUAAAGGACCAGCUAACGCUUCUCCUUCUUAUAUCGUCUUUUUGCCUGUCCUUGAUGGUGAAUUCAGGAGCAGCUUGCAAGGGAACUCAUCUGAUGAACUUGAGUUCUGUGUGGAAAGCGGUGACCCUGCUACAGUUACUUCAGAGUGCCUAAAAGCAGUUUUUGUGAACCAUGGAAACCAUCCAUUUGAUCUGAUGAAAGAAUCCAUGAAGAUUUUGGAGGAGCAGACUGGAACCUUCACAGUCCGCGAAGCAAAACAGAUGCCUGGAAUGUUAGAUUGUUUUGGUUGGUGCACUUGGGAUGCCUUUUACCAAAAAGUAAAUCCCCAAGGAAUAAAAGAUGGUCUGAGAAGUUUAUCCCAAGGAGGCACUCCUGCAAGGUUUUUGAUAAUAGAUGAUGGCUGGCAAGAUACAAGUAAUGAGUUCCAAAAGGAAGGGGAACCGUUUGUUGAAGGGUCACAGUUUGGUGGCAGAUUAAUCAGUGUUGAAGAAAACAGCAAAUUUCGGAGAAACGAUGAAGCUCAGAGUGACGCUCCAGUUGAUCUAAAGCACUUUGUUUCUGAUAUAAAGUUCAAUUUUGGCCUUAAGUACGUCUAUGUAUGGCAUGCUUUAUUGGGAUACUGGGGAGGCCUUGUUCCAGAUGUAGAAGGAACUAAAAAAUAUAAUCCAAAAUUGACAUACCCAGUGCAGUCACCAGGAAACUUAGCAAAUAUGAGGGAUAUCUCAAUGGAUUGUAUGGAGAAGUAUGGUAUUGGAGUAAUUGAUCCUGCAAGAAUCUCAGAGUUUUAUAAUGAUCUACAUGGUUAUCUUGUUGCACAAAAUGUGGAUGGGGUUAAGGUUGAUGUUCAGAACAUACUGGAAACUAUUGCAACCGAUUUGGGAGGUCGAGUCUUACUCACCAGACAUUUCCAACAGGCACUUGAGGAUUCCAUAGCCACCAAUUUCCAUGAUAACAGUAUUAUCUGCUGCAUGGGUCAGAGCACAGACUCCAUUUACCACUCAAAACAGAGUGCUAUAACGCGAGCCUCUGAUGAUUACUACCCAAAAAAUCCAACCACACAGACAUUGCACAUAGCCGCUGUGGCAUUUAACAGCAUAUUCCUUGGUGAAGUAGUUGUCCCUGACUGGGACAUGUUCUAUAGCCUCCAUGAUGCAGCUGAAUUUCAUGCUGCAGCUAGAGCUGUAGGAGGUUGUGGAGUCUAUGUGAGCGACAAACCAGGCCAUCAUGAUUUCAACAUCCUGAAAAAGCUUGUGCUUCCUGAUGGAUCAGUUCUUAGAGCAAAAUAUCCUGGAAGGCCAACAAUAGAUUGUUUAUUCAGCGAUCCAGUUAUGGAUGGCGAGAGUCUUAUGAAGAUCUGGAACUUAAACGAAUGUACUGGAGUUCUUGGAGUCUUUAAUUGCCAAGGAGCAGGCAGCUGGCCUUGUCUGGAAAACGCACAUCAGAAAGAUGUGAGUGAAGAGAUUUCUGGAAAGGUAUCUCCUGCUGAUGUUGAGUACUUUGAAGAGGUCUCUGGGAAAUCCUGGACUGGAGAUUGCGCAAUUUAUUCUUUAAAUACAGGAUCUUUAACUCGAUUACAGAAGGAAGAAGAAUUUGAUAUUUCUUUAAAAACUCUGCAAUGUGAUGUCUUUACCAUAGCACCAAUCAAGGUUUACAAUCAGAAUAUUGAAUUUGCAGCGAUUGGAUUAAUAAACAUGUACAAUUCUGGGGGAGCUGUGGAGUCAAUUGAGCAGUCUGGUGGCGGAAUAGGCAUCAGGGGGAGAGGGGAAGGUAAGUUUGGUGCAUACUCCAGUGUAAAGCCAAAAUCUUGCUUGGUAAACUCCAAACAAGUGGGAUUUACAUUUAGAGAAGAAGACAAUCUUGUGAUAGUGACAAUUCCCUCUGGAGCCGGUGAUUGGGACAUUGAGAUUUCUUAUUGAGGCAUUGCAAGUGUUUUAUAAAGUUAUCCAUGGAACUGAAAUAUCACUGAAUUAAAUUUAAUAUCUCAUAAUUUUAGAGA